AUGAAAAUUCUGAGCGAGAAGGUGGUGGCCAGGGGUGCUGGAGGCCGAGAAGAGGGCUGUGAAGGUUCAGAAAAGGUGGCAAGGAAGAGAGAAGGAUGGUACAGUCUGCAGAGGGACCCGGGCACGCCGGCUGGGCUCAGCCGCGGGACCAGCUGCCGCACCGCGAUUCCGGUGCUGCCCGCCUGGAAACCGUGCCGGAUUUGUGGCGAUUUUCGUAGCCAAAUGUUUGAGUCUCAGGCAAAAGGCUGCCCACGCCAGGCCCAGGCUCUGCCCCCGGGCAGCUGUGUGACCUUGGGCAAGUCGCUCUGUCUCGGCAUCUCCGUGUCCUCACCUGUGGCCAGGGCAGACCUGUCCCUGCCCUGCCGGGCCUGCGGCUGGCCGGGGCCCUGA